AAUCGCAAGGUAAACCAGACGCUAAUAGCAGUUGCUCGAAACGAGGAUGUCAAUUGUACAGAACAUGGACUGCAUGCAAUACUGACCGUAUCCAUAGACUUGGUAGCCUAUUUAUAAUAUCAAUCUCUGUGAUCAACUAAAAUUAUUUCACAUCUGUUCAUGUGUCUUUUACUUCGCUGAUGAUUUAUGUAUCGGAUCGCUAAUUACUUGUAGCUCAUCAUGUCUUUGUCAAAAGACCUAGGAAGGUUCUCCUUUUUGUUUUCCGCGUUGAUAUUCCUGCUUGCUGUAGAGGUGGAUGUCUUCGGAAUUGCCCAAGAUUUCGAGUUCGACGGUGUCAUUGCCGAUGACUACAGUGACUGGAACAGAACCAUCCGGGAUCUCAUCACUUUACUGCCGGGAUAUAACUGUACGGGGGAUGAAAAAUGGCCGUAUGGCGUGGAGCAGAUUUUCCCCUGUCAAAUUCUUCCUCCGUCGGAAUCACCUCCAAACUCCGUGCAUAUGUUACGCCCUGCAGACAUCAAUGUGAUUGGCGCCAUUGGGGACUCGCUGACGGCAGCAAAUGGCGGAGGAGCCUGUUCAGUGCCACAGGUAUUGUUCGAAUACCGAGGAAAAUCGUUCAGCCAUGGUGGGGACGAGAAUUACGAAACAGUGCCGACACUUGCUAAUAUUCUUCGGAAAUACAACCCAAGUUUAAAAGGCUACGGCGUGGGGAGAGGGACGUGGCCUACGGACAAUGCAGGAAUGAACGUAGCCGAACCAGGAGCAAAGGCAUAUGAAAUUGAAGAGCAAGCUGAACGCUUAGUGCAGAAGAUGAAGGAUGACGCAACCAUCGACUAUGAGAAAGACUGGAAGUUGGUGACCAUCUUCAUCGGAGGCAAUGACCUAUGUAAAGUGUGCGAAAACCCGGAGAAAUAUUCGCCAAGUGCGUACGUCAGAAAUAUCCAGGCAACGAUUCAGGUGCUACAUGACCAGAUGCCCCGUACCUUUGUCAAUGUUAUAGGCAUCCUCGACCUCCGACAAAUCAAUGAAUUCAAGGGACUCUUGUGUAAGAUAAGUCACAGACAGUUUUGCCCAUGUGUUUCAGGUGUCUCUGACGAUGAAUUAGAUAAAGAAUGGACACCAACGCUGCUGCAGUACCAGAGUCAAUUGGAGGCGAUGGUUACCAGCGGGACAUUCGAUGAUAAAGAAGACUUCACUGUCGUCUACCAGCCAUUCCUGCACGAGUCGAAAAUUCCAACACUCGGGGUUGACGAUGAUCUUUCGUUUAUGGCACCAGACUGUUUUCACUUUAGCGCUAAGGGCCAUGCUGAGACGGGCAAGUCCUUGUGGAACAAUAUGGUGCAGCCAGUGGGCAGCAAGGCGACAGCAUGGGUAUUAGACGGACCAUUCACUUGCCCAACCGAGGAAUCGCCGUUUCUCUACACCAACGUAAACAGCAGGAAGGGUGCGUCAUCCACCAAACGACCAGUGACGACAGAGAAGGAAGGCGGUUCAGUCACUGCGGACACUGCAGACGACGGGCCUGGCGGGGAUGCUUCAGUCUUCCGCUCUGCUCAUCAGUUGACACUCCUCGUGAUUGGUGCCUUCGUCAGCAUGCUCAACUCGUUUUAGUGUUUAUUUCAUGGACUCCUUGCAAAACUACGGCAACUUCUAGUCUGACUAUCACGUACCCGCUCUCACCAGAGCUGUUCUAAACGAAUGUCUGAUAUUGGUGCGCAUGCUAUAUUCAACCCGUGCGCCAUUCAAUCGGAGCUUUUUCGUGAGUUAAUAACAUGCAAGAAACUGACUGUUGAUUGGUCGAUAGCUAUCAGCUGUCAGCGUGUAUGUUGGCAUUCAAAAUUUCAAAAUUCAGGAAUUAAAAUUCUAACAGCGUAACUGCAAUAAUCUCUUUCGAUUUGCAUGUACAUGUUUAUCAUUCAUAUAUUCCUCGUCCAUCGUGUACGUAUUUUCUUGAAAAAAAUAACUCGUGUACGUUUUUUCUUGAACAAAAUAACUUGGAAGUACAUGUAUUAUUUGAUUUCCCAUCCUUCGUUUGUAAAUAUAAACAUAAAUAUAAAUAUAAAUAUAUAUAAAUGUUUUGAUAAUUAUGGCUCAUUAAGUCGUGAUUGGAAACAGGGUGCAAAAAGUAGUAUUGUAUUAAAUAUUAGGUUAUCGUACUUCUAUCGAAACCUUUGCUUAUACUAAGGGGCAAUACCAACUAAAUGAUGGAUAGAUAGAUAGAUAGAUCGGUUUAUUCAUCCACAAAUCGUGGCCCGAAGGUCAGAUUGCAUGUGAAUUUACAGCAUAAAUUAAAAAUUAAAAACAUUAAGUAAAAACGUCUGUUUAAAUAUUGACAACAACAAUUAGCCUUAAUAAGAUUAUAUAAUUAUACACAAAAAACACACAUACGGAGAUGACGUACAUACACAUUUUUGUUUAAAGAAUUGUUUUUGUAUUUUUAUCCUGUGUGUGUGAGUUUGUUUCUGUCCUUGCAAUUAUGUAUUGGUGACAUUACUAUGGGAGAAUAGUUAACAUGUUUUGAUUUAUUUUAUGUUUUCAAUCAUCCUACAAAAUUUUACAGUGCGUAUUUAUAUUAAUCAGAUCGAAGGCAUCUUGAAUUUGGAAUGAAGAAAUGAUUUUUUUCAAUAAAAACAAAAACCGCCGGGAGAUAUGUUCUUUAAUUAUUGGAAAAACAAUACUGUGACUUAGUGAUAUAGGUUUUUCCGGCUAUUUUAAAACAUUUUUUUAUUCAAAUUUACCAACUCUAACAUUCAAAUUCGUCUGAGAAACACUUUACACGCUUUUAACAAAAUCAAUUUAGUCAUUUACCAUUCGAUUUCACAGUUUGGUCAACUUACUCAUAAUUUAAAUGUGCUUAAAACAUGAAACAUGUCCGGGAAAUCCAAAAUAAGGUUAAGACACCUUGCGGAAAAUUUAUCAAAAAAAAGAGAAAAAUUCAGUGUUUUUAUGUUUGGAAAGUCAUAUAAGUAUAUUCAGAAGGUAUAUUGCAAUCCGAAUUCCACAAUUGAACGCAUAGCAACGACUCCAAUAAUUAUUGAUAAUGCUGAUCAACUAUAAACAUAGUUAGAUCACGUGAACAUGACAUUUGAACUAACGCAGUUGAAGAGUGCUAGUGCAGCCACGAAUCACAGAAGGAAGUGGUGAAUAAAGGUAACUGUAAACAUUAAUGGUGUAGUCACCCAUUGCUAUUCGAAAUGAUGAAGGCAAAGAUUGUUAUCAUGAGGGUAACUUUUGGUGGGCUUUUAUAGAGGGUUGGGUGGCGGCUAUUUGGUAUCUUUGACAUCGGUUUUGUUUUUUCAUCUGCUCUGUUGGAAAAAAUGUCAUGUGACGUCCUUAAAGGGGCAUUUUAUUCUUUUAUAGGCCAAUAUCUAC